AUGGAGCGCCUCGACAAAGCAGCACUAAACGCGCUGCAGCUGCCCUACGUCAGAAAUGAAAGUUCAUUAGCAUCUACCCUGAAGACGCUCCUGUUCUUCACCGCUUUAAUGAUCACUGUUCCCAUUGGGUUAUAUUUCAUGACUAAGUCUUAUGUGUUUGAAGGCGCCUUUGGGAUGUCCGCUAGGGACAGCUAUUUCUAUGCUGCUGUUGUUGCUGUGGUCGCCGUCCACGUGGUGCUGGCUCUCUUUGUUUACGUGGCCUGGAGUGAAGGGUCACGGCAGUGGCGUGAAGGCAAACAGGAUUAA